GGCGGGGCCACGUCGGGGGCGGGGCCGGCGCGCGCGGGAAGCGCCAGCGGGGAGGCCGGCCGGCCCCUCUGCGUGAGCCGCGCGUUAUGGCCCUUUCGGUGCCUGGCUACUCGCCCAAUUUCAAGAAGCCCCCCGAGACUUUGCGGCUCCGACGAAAACGCGUCCGGAGCCGCGGGGCGGCCGCCUCACCAGGGGAGCAUCCCGAGCCGGCGCCGCGCCGCGCAGCUCUGGAGGCCGGGCUGCUCCUCCGCCCCUUCCCGGCUUCGGCGGCGGGCGGAGGCGGCAGCGGCCCGGCCGCGACCCGCAGGAACCCGUUCGCCCGCCUGGACAACCGGCCGCCGGCCGCCGCGGAGCCCCCCGACGGGCAGCCCCGCGGCCAGCAGGAGGCGGAGGGCCGGUUUUUAGAUUCUAAUCAGGAAAAUGAUUUGCUGUGGGAAGAGAAGUUUCCUGAAAGAACAACCGUUACUGAAUUACUCCAGACUCCGCAAGUAUCAUUCUCCGCAUCUGAUAGUCCAUCCUCAGAAAGUACUGAGUUACCUGUGGACUGGAGUAUUAAAACUCGACUCCUUUUCACCUCUUCUCAACCCUUUACCUGGGCAGAUCAUCUGAAAGCACAGGAAGAAGCUCAAGGUGUCAUCCAGCAUUGUAGGGCAACAGAAGUUACUUUGCCUCAAAGUAUACAGGAUCCCAAAGUCUCCACUGAGCUCCGUUGUGCCUUCCAGCAGAGUCUUAUCUAUUGGCUUCACCCUGCCUUUCCUUGGCUACCACUGUUCCCUCGCAUCGGAGCUGACAGAAAAAUGGCUGGAAAGAUAAGCCCUUGGGCAAAUGAUGAAACCUUGCAACACAUUCUAAUGAGCGACUGGUCUGUGAGCUUCACUUCUCUUUAUAAUCUGCUGAAGGCAAAACUUUGCCCGUAUUUCUACGUUUGUACGUACCAGUUUACCAUCCUGUUCCGCGCGGCAGGAUUAGCAGGAAAUGAUGUGAUCACAGCUCUCCUAUCUCCCACAACUAGAGGCAUAAGAGAAGCUAUGAAAAAUGAAGGUAUUGAAUUUUCUCUGCCGUUAAUAAAAGAAAAUGGCCAUGAGAAGAAGGCAACUGGGACAAGCCUGGGACAGGGAGAGGAACAAGUAAUCAGUGAUGAGGAUGAAGAUGAAAGUUUUUCCUGGCUGGAAGAGAUGGGUGUGCAAGAUAAAAUUAAAAAACCAGACGUGCUCUCAAUCAAGCUAUGUAGAGAGAAACACGAAGUGCAAAUGGACCACAGACCGGAGUCCGUUGUGUUGGUGAGGGGAACAAGCACCUUGACGCUGCUGAAUUUUCUGAUCAAUUCGAGGAGUGUAAUUGCCAGCUCAGGUCCACAGGCGGGACUUCCUCCAACCCUCUUAUCGCCCGUAGCUUUCCGAGGUGCCACGAUGCAAAUGCUUAAGGCACGAAGUGUAAAUGUGAAGACGCAAGCUAUUUCUGGAUACAAAGACCAAUGUAGUUUGGAGAUCACAGGUCCCGUCAUGCCUCAUUGUCUGCAUUCUGUAACCAUGCUACUCCAGUCUUCACAAAAGGGGUCAUUUUCUGCUGGACUGUAUACACACGAGCCAACUGCUGUAUUUAAUGCCUGCCUGCCAGUGAAUGAAGGACUGGAUAAGGAGACCGUUCGUGAGGAGCUCGCUAACUGUGGGCUGCAUCCUAAGACUCUAGACCAACUUAGUCUAACACCAAUACUGGGAAAAUCAUCUUUACGACACGUGGAAAUGAGCGACUACGUUUAUAAUUGGAGAUCCUGAACAUCAAAGUAAGCCUAAAAGGAAUCUUUGAGGAAAAAAGCCUUCUAGCAAGGAAAUUCAAGAUUGUUAUCCCUUUGGCUCUAAAGUUCAUUUUGGAAGUUAAAGGAAUAUAACUAUCUUUAAAAUAUUCAGAUGUUUAUAAACAUUAAUCUUUUACUUUAUUACAUGGGUUAAACAGUGGGAUUAAGAUUUUAAAUCAGCAUUUUUACUAUUCUGAUUAGCUUGUUCAGAUACGAAGAUAACCCCCAGCUUCUUAGAAACAUCAGUAACUUGAGACUUCCAGACUUUCAACCUAAUUUAUAAAUGGAGUAGAAAACUGAAUGUCAUGAAUGUCAGUUUUUCCUUACAAAUGGGAACUGAAGCUAAAUUACUGUUAUCUCCUGGCAUUGUGACUGAUGGCAUGAGGGCAAAACUAUAUUUGAUAAAUCACCUGCAAUUAUAGGCAGGUUCUAACUUUUUAUAAAGAUAUAAAACAAAUGUAGACCAUA